AUGCCUUUCACACUUGAAAAGCUCAUUCGUCCUAAUAUUCUUGCAUUGCUUCCCUAUCGUUGUGCACGCGAUGACUACGAUAGCGGUGUUCUUCUUGAUGCCAACGAGAAUGCUUACGGCCCUGCUCUUGCAAACCAAGUCGACGGCGAUCUCAACCGUUAUCCCGAUCCAUACCAUGUGCGUGUCAAGGAACGCCUAAUCAAGUAUCGCAACCUUCCUUCGACCAACCAAGUCUUCCUCGGUGUUGGUUCUGAUGAGGUUAUUGACUUGGUGCUUCGUAUCUGCUGUAUUCCCGGCAAAGACAAGAUCCUUAUCACCCCACCUACCUAUGGCAUGUAUUCCGUGUGUGCACAAAUCAAUGAUGUGGGUGUUGUCAAAUCAAACUUGGAUGUGGAGAAGGGUGCCUUCCAAGUGCGUACAGACGAUGUGAUUGCCAAGAUCAAAGCCGAUCCUACCAUCAAGGUGGUCUUUCUUUGUUCACCAGGCAACCCCACAGGCACAUGCCUCAAGCACGAUAGCAUCCGAGAGAUCCUUGAAUCCGGUUAUGAAGGUCUUGUGGUGGUCGAUGAAGCCUAUGUUGAUUUCGUUGAGCAGGAGAAUGGAUCCGUUGCAAGCUGGACUUCCAAGUAUCCCAAUCUUUUGGUCAUGCAAACUUUGAGCAAGAGCUUUGGUCUUGCUGGUAUCCGGUUGGGUAUUGCUAUUGCUGAUAGUGCCCUUAUUCAAAUCCUCAACAACACCAAGGCCCCUUACAACAUUGGUACGCCAAGCGCUCAAAUCGCCUAUGAUGCUUUAUCCCCCGAAGGUCUUGCCAAGAUGAACGAAUACCGCAGCGCCUUGAUUGCUCAACGUAACGUCCUUAUCCAGCAAUUCCAAAACUUUAAGGUUCCUGGCCUCGGUCGCAUUUUGGGUACCAACGAUGCCAACUUUGUGUUGCUCGAGAUCUUGGAUAAGGAUGGCAAGCCUUGCAACACUCGCUGUGAGAAGAUAUACAAGCUUAUGGCUGAAUCCAAGGAUGUCGUCGUUCGUUUCCGUGGCAAGGAGUAUGGAUGCACUGGUUGUCUUCGUAUUACCGUUGGCACAGAAGAAGAGAACAAGACCCUUGUCGAGCGAUUGGAAGAAGCUCUCAAUGAGACCGCCUAA